GCUCCACCUCACUGCGUUCAGUCCAUCAGAGAGAUUCAAAUGACAUGUUAAAUGACAUGAGGAUACACUUCAGCUCUAAUUCUCUCUGUUUCAUACCUCUGCCUUAACAUAUGACGAACAACAAUACAAAAAAAGGGGAUUUUGAGCAAUAUCACUUGAACUAGGCAACUUAUUUAAUAUUCUUGACCUAAAAUCUCAAAAAGUGUCCACAAGAAUGAGAGGCGUCGUGACGGUGUGCUGUUUGAGUUUUCUUCUGGGUCUUCUACUGGCUAUGGUUGAGAGUGAUGAAGACUACACUGAGGAUGAAGAGAUGAUCCUGUCUCUAAUUCUGCAGGAUGACUCCCAGCCUGAAGCAGAGAGCAGGCCAUCUGCCCAGUUUUACAGGUGCACUAAGGAUGCAUGGCGCAUGCCGGGUCAGUAUUUAGUGGUGAUGCGGAACGGAACGCACGUGAACCAGGUGGAGCGCACCGCGCGCAGGCUUCGCGCAAAAGCCGCGAAACGGGGAUACCUGAUCGAAAUACUGCAGACUUAUUCUGGAGCCUUCCACGGGUUUCUGGUGAAAAUGAGCAGCGAUGUUCUUCACAUGGCAGUAAAGCUUCCCCAUGUGGAAUACAUUGAAGAGGAUUCCUCCAUCUUUGCCCAGAGCAUCCCAUGGAACCUGCAGCGCAUCCUUCAAAACAAACAUGAGCCUGGAAAAUACUCACCACUCAAUGACGGCGCGAAGGUGGGAGUGUAUCUCUUAGACACAAGCGUUCAGGUGACUCAUCGUGAGAUUGAGGACAGGGUGAUGGUGACGGACUUCAACAGUGUGCCAGAGGAGGAUGGGGUCAGAGUUCACAGACAGGCUAGUCAGUGUGACAGUCACGGCACACACAUAGCAGGAGUGGUCAGUGGACGGGACUCGGGUGUCGCUCGAGGUGCCAGUGUAAACAGUGUCCGAGUGUUGAACUGCCAAGGCAAGGGUACCGUGUCAGGAGCUUUGGCAGGUCUGGAGUAUAUCCAGUCAUCUCUGAUGUCUCAGCCUCUCUCACCUGUGAUCCUCCUCCUGCCAUUUGUUGGGGGAUUCAGUCGCACCCUCAACGCUGCCUGCAGGGAAAUGGUGGCAUCUGGCGCAGUGCUUAUUUCUGCAGCUGGGAACUACAACGAUGAUGCUUGUCUGUACUCACCAGCCUCAGAGCCUGAGGUGAUAACAGUAGGGGCCGUUAAUUUUGCUGACCAGCCGUUGAGCACUGGGAAGACCGGCACCAACGUGGGCCGCUGCGUGGAUGUGUUCGCACCCGGUGAUGACAUCAUCAGCGCAUCCAGUGACUGCUCUACCUGCUUCACUACCAAGAGCGGAACGUCACAGGCAGCGGCACAUGUUGCUGGUGUAGCGGCGGUACUUCUGAAUCUGAGUCCAAACUCCAGCUCUGCUGAGCUUCUGCAACAGCUCCUCUAUCAUUCAGUCAAACAGGUCAUGAACCCAGAGUCUCUGCCACAGGACCACCGUCUCACUACACCCAACAUGGUGGUCGCCCUGCCUGACCCGGCCUCCACACUCACAGGAGAGGAUCUGCUCUGCAGAUCGGUUUGGUCUGAGAGGUCAGGCGCUUCAGGUUUCGCCACAACUGUGGCCCGCUGUCGCCUCGGUGAAGAGAUGCUGAGCUGCUCCAGUUUCUCACACAACGGAGCGAGAGCUGGAGAAAGAGUGGAGGUGAGAGAUGGGCAGAAAGAGUGUGUUGCCGUCAAUGGGAAUGGAGGGCAAGGUGUGUUCGCUGUAGCGCGCUGUUGUACAGGCCAUAAAGCUCAGUGCCAGACGAUAGAGAGUCCCGAGAGAGGCGCGGAUGCAGAAUGUCCCUCAGAACACCAGCUGACAGGCUGCAGUUCUUCCUCUUCAUCUGGAGAGGUAUCAGACUCUGAUCGACCUCUACAUGGCAGCCGCAGGGCAUGUCCUGCUAAAAGGGGUGUAACGUCAUAUGCCUCCUGCUGCCACACGUCCUCUCUGGAGUGUCAUCUGAAAGAACACGACCCCACGGCUGUCAGCGAGCAGGUGGAAGUUUCAUGCGAGGAGUCCUGGACACUAACAGGCUGUCAGGCUCUUUCUCGUGGUUCUGUCGCUCAUGGGGCAUUUGCUUUGGGAAACACCUGUGUAGUUCGUACAUCUGGAGGAGAUAAAGGAGCUGCCGCCAUCGCCACCUGCUGCAGGCGCCGCCCGUCCCACCAGCCGCGCGACCACUGAAGAGCUAAGGGGGAUGGGUGUUCCUCUUUCCUCCCUUCUCUAAACACGUAACCAAGGACAUAACUGCUAUAACACAUAGAAUAGUUGGAGGCGUGACACGAGCGAGUUCAAUUCUGCCACUACGGAAUAUUACACGAUGGAGAAGAGCAUUGGAACUGGUUCUGGUGUGACCAUAACCAAUGUAGACACCCUAAACAAAUAGGCCUUUAAAACUGCAAAACACAUUUUAAAUAGGGAUGCAUUGAUCAAUUCUGACCAAUACUUAUGUUAUGGCCGAUUUUAUACUAUUUUGUAUUAAAGAGCUGUAUAGUUCAUUGAAAAAUGAAAAUUAAUUUUGAGAUUUGCUAAAGAUUACAUUUAACAUUGUUAUUAAAUUAUUCGAUUUUAAAGAUCGACUUUAAGUGAGCCUUGGAUGAUGGCAAAGGUAAUCUAAAUGUAAAACAUCGAGACCAUCAUGUACAAUGACAUCUAGAAUAUUGGCCGAUAUAUUUUAAAUAUGGACCAAUACUGAUUAACAAACCUCCAAUAUUGGUAACUGAUAAUAAUAUUGAUAACACUGUAUUUAGUCGGCACUUUUCAUUUUGAUAUUUACACAUUCUGAAUUGAACCAUAUCUAUUUGUACUAUAUUUUGGAGAGCAUUGUCUACUAUUAUGCAUGUGCACUGUUUAUAAGAGUAUAACUCUUUUUAUAAAUGUUUAUUUUUACAUUACAAGUUUUAUACAAACUUUAUAUGAGUAAUGUCCUAAAAUCAACUUCAGACUUGACACGUACAAACGUCACACAAUCUGUGAAAAGUUGUGCAUUCCAGUUUUUCCUUUUUUAUAUCAAAUGUCUUCAUUGUCAAACUCUGAUGUACAAAUUAAAAUGUGGUUUUAACAUGCA